AUGACGGAAGUCACGCACAGCCUGCCGACGCAGAACGAAUGCGACACUUUUCAGGACGUCGACACUUUGCAGGCUCAGGGAAUCCUUCAGAACGUCGCAGAUAUCAAGAAACUGAAGUCAGCUGGAAUCUGCACUGUAAAGGGGAUUCACAUGACCACCAGAAAACGUUUAUGCGCCAUAAAAGGUCUCUCCGAAGCCAAAGUCGAUAAGAUCAAAGAGGCCUGUAGCAAGAUCAAUCAUGCGACAUUUUUCACAGCUUCGGAAGUCUGCGAGUUUAGGGCGAAAAUAUUUAGAGUGUCCACUGGAAGUCUGGAACUAGACAAACUUCUAGGAGGAGGUAUCGAGUCAAUGGCCAUAACGGAGGCUUUCGGAGAAUUUCGUACUGGAAAGACCCAGCUGGCACACACUUUAUGCAUUACAGCGCAGCUACCAGGCCCGGGCCAUUCCGGAGGCAAAGUUAUAUUCAUCGACACGGAACAUACAUUUCGUCCGGAGAGGCUCCGUCCAAUCGCAGACAGAUUCGACUUAGAUCAAGAUGCGGUGCUCGACAAUAUACUCUAUGCUCGAGCUUACACCAGCGAGCACCAGUUCGAACUUUUGGAUUAUGUUGCAGCAAAAUUUCAUGAAGAAGCAGGAGUGUUUAAACUGUUGAUAAUCGACUCGGUGAUGGCCCUGUUUCGAGUGGAUUUCAGUGGUCGAGGUGAGCUAGCCGAAAGGCAGCAGAAACUGGCACAGGUCUUGUCUCGACUGCAAAAAAUCUCGGAAGAGUACAACAUUGCAGUGUUCAUAACCAAUCAAAUGACCUCCGACCCUGGGGCAGGAAUGACAUUUCAAGUCGAUCCCAAGAAACCCAUCGGCGGAAACAUCUUAGCCCAUGCAUCCACUACAAGAAUUUCCUUACGGAAGGGCAGAGCUGAAUGUCGAAUAGCAAAGAUCUAUGACAGUCCCGACAUGCCUGAGAGCGAGGCAACUUUUGCUAUCACCUCAGGUGGCGUUGCCGAUGCAAAAGACUAGAUAUAUCGUCACUAAAA